GCCAAAGUUGACCAUGGGUUGGGCGGUGGUCUUCCUUGCGCUCCUCACUUACUGCACAGGCAUCAAUGGUCAGUCCACUUGGACUCAACCUCCCUCCAGCUCCGUCUCCCUGGGUGAAUCCGUUACGAUCUCCUGCAAAACAACUCAGAGUUCCUACUGCAUUGGCUGGUAUCAACAGAAACCUGGAGAAGCUCCUCGCUAUGUCCAAUGUAGCGGAUACAGCAGGGGAGAAGGGAUCCCAGAUCGGUUCACUGCCACCAAAUCUGGGAGUACAGGAUCUUUGGCCAUCACCAAUGUGCAGGCUGAAGACGAGGCAAUUUAUUACUGCGGCAGCUGGAACAGUGCAGUUACCCA